UCGAGGGUUCGGUCAUGUCAGGCAGAAAUCGUGUACCUCCCCAUCCAAUCAGUGGUGCACCACAUUACGGGCUUCCCCCCAUGCACGAACCAACAUUCGUUAGAGGUCUCGGUCCCAUGCCCCACCCUGCACUUCUUGAAGAAAUGAGAGAAGCUCAAUUUGGGCGAGGCCCAAGGCCGCUACCGCCUCACCCUGCCAUAAUCGAAGAGAGAUUAGCCGCUCAGCAUCAAGAAAUUCAAGGGCUACUUAUCGAUAACCAGAGGUUGGCGGCCACCCAUGUCGCAUUAAAGCAGGAAUUAGCGGCAGCCCAGCAUGAGCUGCAACGCAUGGCCCAUCUUGGUGGGUCGAUGCAGCAAGAGAAGGAUAUUCAGCUUCGAGAAGCUUUUGAGAAGUCCAUGAAAAUGGAAGCUGAUCUUUGUGCUGCGGAGGCUAUGCGGGCGGAGCUUCUGCAAGUUCGCGCUGACAUUCAGAAACUCACUGCUGCGAGGCAGGAGCUAACUAGUCAAGUUCAAGCACUUACUCAGGAUUUGGAUAGAGCUAAUUCGGAGUUGCAGCAGACGCCGGUUUUGAAGGCUGAAAUAGAGCACAUGAAACAGGAAUUGCAGCGAGCGAGGGCUGCUAUUGAGUAUGAGAAGAAAGGGCAUGCUGAAAACUAUGAACAGGGUCAAGCAAUGGAGAAGAAUCUGAUUGCCAUGGCUCGUGAGGUGGAAAAGCUGCGCGCAGAGAUUGCUAACGCAGAAAAGAGAGCACGUGCUGCUGCUGCUGUUGUUGGGAACCCUGGUCCAGGUUAUGGUGGAAAUUACAGCAAUUCUGACACUUCAUAUGGAGGAAAUCCCUAUCCUGCUGGCUAUGGCAUGAGCCCUGUACAGGCUGGUGCUGAAGGUGGACAUCGAUAUGGACCCGGGCCUCAAUCUCAAUAUGGACAAGGACCAGGUGCUUGGGGUGCUUAUGACAUGCAGCGAUCUCAUGGCCGCAGAUAAACUAGUGUGAUGUUAUGCUGAGUUGUCGUCUCCUCAUUUUGUUUACUUGCAACUGGUUGCUUAGGCUACUGCUUAGUAGAUACCCAGGUUGGGGUAGAGUUGUCUCAUGAAUGACAUUAUAGUGGAUAUGCUCAAUAUUGUUUAAAUCUGGAUAUUCAAAUCCUAGUCGAAAGAUUGGCAAUUUGGCUUUCAAUAUUUUGAAUAAAAUGCAGCAAUAUGAUUUUCAUUUCAUGUAUAUUAA